AUGGGAAGCUGCGGAAGCAACGGGCACGGUACAGCUGUGGUGGUGGUGCCGCGGCCGCACGCUGAAGGCCCAGCGGCUAUGCUCGGCAUCGGCACGGCGAACCCCACCGGCGUGCUAAUGCCCCAGGACGUCUUCGCCGACACCCUCUUCCGCAUCACCAACAGCGACCACCUCACUGAGCUCAAACACAAGCUAACCAGAAUUUGCGGCAACACGGGCAUCGACAAGCGGCACUUCCACCUCACGGAGGAGACGCUGGCGGCUCAUCCGGAGCUGCUCGACCCGGAGCUGCCGUCGCUGGGUACGCGGGUGGACAUGACCGUCGACGCCGUGCCCAAGCUCGCGCAGCGUGCCGCGGCCAAGGCCAUCGCCGAGUGGGGCCGUCCGCCCGCCGACAUCACCCACCUCGUCUUCACCACCUACUCCGCCUGCGGCGCCCCGAGCGCCGACCUCCGCCUGGCCACGCUGCUCGGCCUCAGGCCCACCGUCAGCCGCACCAUUCUCAGCCUCCACGGCUGCUACGGCGGCGGCCGGGCGCUGGGCCUCGCCAAGGAGCUCGCCGAGAACAACCGCGGGGCGCGCGUCCUCGUGGCCUGCUCCGAGACCACGCUCGUCUGCUUCGGCGCGCCCGACGGCGGCAACCUCGUCGGCCACGCCAUCUUCGGGGACGGCGCCGGCGCGGUCAUCGUCGGGGCCGGCCCGUUCCUCGACGGCGAGCAGCGCCCCAUCUUCGAGAUGGUCCACGCCAUGCAGACCACGGUGCCCAAGACGGAGCACGCGCUAGGCAUGCAGGUCACCGGCGGUGGCAUCGACUUCCACCUCUCCAUCCAGGUGCCCACGCUCAUCGGACAGAACGUGGAGCGCUGCCUCCUCAACGCGUUCCGCGGAGGACACGACGACGACGACGACGAUGCUCAUCUUCCGUCUCCAUUAUCCGGGAACGGAAAUAAGUGGAACGACUUCUUCUGGGCGGUGCACCCAGGUGGCCGCCAGAUCCUGGACAACAUAGACAAGGUGCUCAAGCUGGAGCCGGAGAAACUGGCGGCCAGCCGGCACGUGCUCCGUGAGUACGGCAACAUGAGCGGCGCGACCAUCGUCUUCGUGCUCGACGAGCUGCGCCAGCGCCGGAGCCUGCUGCCGGAGUGGGGCGCCAUGAUGGCCUUCGGUCCUGGAAUCACCAUCGAGACCAUGGUGCUCCGCUGCCCACGCUAG